UGGGAAUGAACCUAUGGACCCCUAUACCAAACUCUGCUGCAAAGGUUUUUGCAUUGACAUCCUAAAGAAACUAGCCAAGACUGUGAAGUUCUCCUAUGAUCUCUAUCUGGUGACAAAUGGGAAACAUGGUAAAAUAGUGGAUGGUUUCUGGAAUGGCAUGAUUGGUGAGGUAUAUUACAAGCGAGCAGAUAUGGCCAUUGGGUCUCUCACCAUCAAUGAGGAACGCUCACAAAUUAUAGAUUUCUCUGUACCUUUUGUGGAGACGGGUAUUAGUGUCAUGGUAGCUAGAAGCAAUGGGACUGUCUCACCCUCUGCUUUUCUAGAGCCUUACAGCCCAGCUGUGUGGGUGAUGAUGUUUGUGAUGUGUCUCACUGUCGUUGCUGUCACAGUCUUCAUGUUUGAAUAUUUCAGUCCUGUUGGCUAUAAUCAGAACUUAACCAGUGGCAAAAAGUCUGGUGGGCCAUCCUUCACUAUCGGCAAGUCGAUCUGGCUAUUGUGGGCUCUGGUUUUCAACAAUUCUGUUCCCAUUGAAAAUCCCAAAGGCACCACCAGUAAAAUUAUGGUCCUCAUCUGGGCCUUCUUUGCUGUCAUCUUCUUAGCCAGCUACACUGCUAAUUUGGCAGCAUUCAUGAUCCAGGAGCAAUAUAUUGAUACAGUCUCUGGGCUGAGUGAUAAGAAGUUCCAAAAACCUCAAGAACAGUAUCCUCCAUUCCGGUUUGGAACAGUUCCCAAUGGUAGUACAGAGAGAAAUAUCCGGAGCAACUACCAUGACAUGCAUUCCCACAUGGUGAAAUACAACCAGCGCUCAGUGGAAGAUGCACUCGUCAGCCUCAAAACGGGAAAACUGGAUGCUUUUAUCUAUGAUGCUGCAGUGCUCAAUUACAUGGCUGGCAAGGAUGAGGGUUGCAAGCUGGUAACCAUUGGCAGUGGGAAAGUCUUUGCCACCACUGGCUAUGGCAUUGCCCUCCAGAAGGAUUCCAAGUGGAAGAGAACAAUUGAUUUAGCUCUUCUGCAAUUCCUGGGAGAUGGUGAAACCCAAAAACUGGAGACUGUGUGGUUGUCUGGUAUCUGCCAAAACGAAAAGAACGAAGUAAUGAGCAGUAAGCUAGACAUUGAUAACAUGGCGGGUGUCUUUUACAUGCUGCUGGUGGCGAUGGGGCUCAGCCUGCUCGUCUUUGCUUGGGAACACCUGGUGUUUUGGAAGUUGCGGCAUUCCGUCCCAAAGUCCCACAAACUUGAUUUCCUUCUGGCUAUAAGCAGGGGCAUUUACAGCUGUUUUAAUGGAGUCCAGAAUCUGGAGAGUCCUGUUCGUGUUUACAAGCCAGAUGUCACUGCUAACUCUGCUCAAGCCAAUGUGCUUAAGAUGCUGCAGGCAGCCAAGAACAUGGUAUCGACCGCCAGUGUUGGGAACUCACUGGAAAAUGCUACGCGCACCAUAGAGAACUGGUCCAAUAGGAGUGAAAACUUCCAAACAACUUUCUCCUUAAGGACUCCUCAACUUGUUGUUCAGAACGCUAGUGGGCCAAACAGGCCAGCUCAUUCCUCCAGGACUACAACCACUGAGAACCUUGGGAGACCUGUUCCACCUCUGCUUCUGGCACCUCAGCAAACUGUGGGACCAGCCAGUGAAAGCUGCAGAGAGACAACUGAGCACCCACAGAUUCUUCAUCCACUGAAAUUACACAGCAACUACUCUGAAGAUAAGAUUCUUUCAGGUUUCACCAUGUACCACUCUCCACAGUACUUGGUAACCACAUCUCAGGCUAAUCUCAGAAAUCACAUUCCACUAGGAAGUUCCCUUAGUGAUGCCCCUCAUUCCCCAGUAAGGACUCUUCAGGAACUUUCUCCACAUGAGCAUAAGCAUAAGCUCCCCAUGCCCAGAGGCCAUGGGAAACAAAAAUUCCACCAGAAUGAUCACCUGUAUAAAGAAGGCCUUGACAGCCUUCAGGCACCAGAUCAGGACUUCGAUAGCAUCCCCUGUUUGGUUCAAGGUGUAGAUAUACAACUGGAUUAUCAUCAACAUGCUAAUGAUACCUCAUCCAUGCCUGUGGAGGACCUCCCCUAG